AUGACUGCUAUGACAGCCACACUAGAUUUGCAGCAUUUAAACAGCUUGUUCCGAGCCCGGCCGAUCGAUGUCGUAGAAGCAGAUACUGAGGGAUCCUAUCUCGUGGUAUCUCCAUAUACCUCGCUGCCGCAUCUCCUCGACCUUUCCAGAUAUCCCACGUCGAGUCAGCUCUUUGCAAAAGCUUUGACGGUCUUCAGUCCUAUACGCGAAAACUAUGCGACAGCAGAGUACACAAACUCAUUCAACUUCGCACAAGUCAUGGAAACUCUCAGAUCUCUUUCGAGGGACGAAGGAUAUACAUGGAAGAAGACAGAGUUCUACGUCGUCAGUUUCCGAUCACAACUCAGCCUCGAUGCGGAUCCGGAGAGGUUAUUUCAACUGGAUGCCUUUUCCCAUCAAGAAGCCAUUGCCAGUGGAGGACUGCUGAAGUAUUGGUACGGAGUCAAAGACCGAGACCGGCGGAAUUUGGCGACUUGUAGAGGCCCUUGGCACGCAAAGGCAAGAGCUGCUGCGACGGUCUGGUAUGAGAGUAUUGUGUUCAAGACGUAUGUCUUGACGAUUGAGGAUGAUGUUGAGAAUUGGAAUAUCGCAGACUUUGCGGAGCAGAGAAAAUAA